GUUCAGGAGUCUUUGCAGGGCAUGGGAAGCAGUGCUGACAGCUGUGACAGUGAGACAACUGUGACAUCGCAUAGUGAGGAACAGAAGACACUGGUAGCAAAGGAACUGCCCUGUUUCAGUAAGUUUGAGGAGGAAGAUGAGGAUGAUGAGGAUGAUGAAGAGGAUAUUAUCUCUCGAGUAGAGAGACGAAAGGUAGGGGCACCUUCUGAGAACAGAAGGAGCGAAGAUAGAAAAAUUAUUGACUAUGAAACUGAACAAAAUCAAGGACGAGAAAGCGAGUCAUCUCAUAUGCCAGAGACAGUCCAAGGAGAGGUCAGCUCUAAAGAGGAAGACAUUUCCAGUGAGCAAAAAGAAUUGGACCUGCUGGAGGAAGGCAGUGUGCUGGAGUUUCCUCAGUACCACACGCAUCAUAUCCUCAAGUCGAUGGAGGCUCUGGAAGGUGCCGACUCCUCCCCAUCGUCUGUGGACAGGGUUCACGUCGCCUUGCAAAGAGCUGAGAUGAGGAUCGUCAGCACAUCUGAUUCCAGGGCCGGACGCACUCUGCUUAAGUCAAAAGAUCUCCUGAGGAAGCAGAGGCUCUGGUUUGCUGAAUCGGGCUAUCCUCUAAGACGGUCUCAGUCUCUCCCAACUGCGUUGCUGAAUCCAGUGAAAGUGGUGUCCUCUGUGAAUGUCCAGUUAACUCCAGGAAAAGAGACUCUGUGCAGUCCUCCUUCUUUUACCUACAAAUACACAGGUAUGGAGGAAGACAAGAAAGUGACAUCUGAGAACAACAAAAGUGAGGGUGAGGCAGCCGCCAGCCAGCCGGUGUGCAAAUCCACGCUGUUCAUUGCACCUUCGUCCUCCAAAAAAGAAGUGCCCCAGGCUGGACCCAGCAGGCUAUCUGAGGAGCCCAGUCCCACCAGGGUACAGAGCUGUCCACUGCACACGCCGGCACACAUGUCCCAGUCGACGUGCUCCCUCCACUCCCUCCCCGCCGAGUGGCAGGACAGACCGCUCUGUGAGCACAUGAGAACACUGAGCACCCACAGCGUCCCAAGCAUCUCUGGCUCUUCCUUCAGCGCCUUGCUUUCCCCCUUCAGCUGUCCCUUCUCUCCAAGGCAUGCUGCAUUUCCUCAUCGACCUCAUGCCAUCAACCCGCCAUCCACUGUGGAGAUGCAACUGCGCAUUCUACACGACAUCAGAAACUCUCUGCAGAACCUCUCACAGUACCCGGUGAUGAGGGGUCAGGAUCUUUCAGCUGCCACCGGUUACGCUACUCAGAGAUCAUCCAUUCUACCUCUCUACGAAAAUACUUUCCAGGAGCUACAAGUGGUAAGGCGAAAUCUAAACUUAUUCAGAACCCAAAUGAUGGAUUUGGAAUUGACUAUGUUACGUCAACAGACAACAGUUUAUCAGCACAUGACAGAAGAGGAAAGAUAUGAAGCUGAUCAGCUACAGAGCUUGAGAAAGUCUGUCCGCAUGGAGCUACAGGAGUUAGAGAUGCAGUUAGAAGAACGUCUGCUUGCUUUGGAAGACCAACUGAGAAGUCUGCACAUGUCUUCACCUUACAGACCUCAGACGCACGUAGGUAUGUAUGGAAGCAGAAGUGCUGAUAAUCUGUCAUGCCCUUCUCCAUUGAAUGUCAUUGAACCAGUCUCCGAACUUAUUCGAGAGCAGUCAUUUCUGAAGUCUGAACUGGGUUUAGGACUGGGAGAUCUUGGACUGGAAACUCUCCCAGCAGAGGGUACAGAGUCUGUAUUCUCCCAUGGAAACUCUGAUUCUUCUUCAGUGUGCUCCGGUCAUGCAGGUAGAAAAGUUGGUGUUGGAUCCUCUGAACUGACAGGAAAGUCUAAGAGUCAAAGCAGGAAGUUAUACCGAGCCUCCGUUGCCUUAACACCAACUCCCCCGGUGAGAGCAGGUGCUGGACAGCAGGUGGAAAGCUCUGAGGAGCUUGCAGACUCCAAACCAGAGGCGGAGCACAAACUUGAAAAAGUCCCUCUCGUGCCUUCAGUUGAUGAAAUCCACAAAACUGUGGAGCAGGAGGAGCUGCAGCAAGUCAUACGGGAGAUCAAGGAAUCUAUUGUUGGUGAAAUAAGACGAGAAAUAGUAAGUGGAUUGUUAGCAGCUGUGUCACCCCAAAGCAGAUCUGCAACUGCAAAACAAGAUACACAGCCAUGAAAUUGGUACUACAGGUUGGAUGUAGUCCGAAAUGCUGUGGGCUUCUGCUUUGGGCCGCAUACACUGGUGAAAGUGUCAAGUUAUUUUUGCUUCAGGAGAUGUUAAAGCUGCUGAGAUAGGCUACUGUAUUCGACGCUUGGUUCUAUGAUGUGUACCUUUCCUUGAGUUCAUCUAUAAAGACUUAGACACUUUAACUAGUUCCUUACUUUCCUUAAAACAUCAACAAAACUGU